GUUUGUUUUUACGACUUCAGGCAGUAACAUAUAAAAGUCUUACAUUUUGUAAACUCUUCAAAUAAAAAGUUUUCCAACUACUUCCAAGGAUAUUUUAUUCUCGGGACUGAACUGGGACACUCUUCUCCACGAGAUCCUCCACGAAGUCUGAAGUCGGGAAAGAUGUCAACCCCAAAGGUGCUUGGCACACGGCGUCUCCUGGGGUCGAUGACCACCUCUGCAAUCCACAGCAUAUGCCGGAACGCAUCGUCGAAUAAAUCAUCAGCCGUUUACCGUCUAGUCCAUGCCAAACGGGUCUCCGCCGCCACCCGGAAUGGCGUCGAUGAGGUGGAAAAGCCAGUGCCCACGCCCAUGUCUUUUGGGCGUGCUCAGUGUUUGCCCUUAAAACGAAGCGAACAGGAACAAAGGAGGUUGAGAAAGGCGCAAGUUACGGAGAAUGUAAAAAGGUUGCAGACCGAGAAGUGUCAGCACCCAAAGAUUGCCCGUCUGCCGUUCAGGCGGCCUGAAUCGGCCCGUCCUAUUCCGAAUCGCCGUUAUAACUCUGUGAAGGACUUACUGAAGACCAUGAGUCAACCGCAUCAGUUGGCCAGCGAGUUAGUGAACUUGUCCCAGGAAUUAUCCGCUACAAAGGAGAAGAAUAAAAGGCUUCUGGAGAACUAUCACGAUCUGCUGGAGAAAGUUACACUGAAGGGAAAAUAGAGACAACAAAGUGAAAAAAAGGUUUUGCCAUGGAAAUUUUACAUUUUGGCUUACAGCAGGAUAUUGCUUAAAUUUAUUCUAAAUUUUUACUAAUGUAAAACGUUUUUGACAAAUAUAUACUGGCUGAAAAGAUG